UAAAGCCAUCAGAUUUCUUCCUUGAUUCUGUCCAAAACAUUUUUGGUCGCUGCCUAAACCAAGGAGCUGCCCCCGUCCACUUUAACACUUCCAUCGUCUCAUCUCUUUCUGCUCCUCCUCGCACCAAAAGAAAAAAAAAUGGCUGAUAUACCCAUCAGAAUCGGAAUCAUUGGCUGCGCCGAUAUAGCCCGCAAAGUCUCCCGAGCCAUCCAACUCGCUCCGAACGCCACGCUCUCCGCCGUCGCCAGCCGCUCCAUCGACAAAGCCGCCAAUUUCGCCAAGGCCAACGGGUUCCCACCUGAAGCCAAGAUCUACGGCUCCUACGAGUCCCUCUUAGACGACCCAGACAUCGACGCCGUUUAUUUACCCUUACCCACUAGCCUCCACCACAAAUGGGCAGUGUUGACGGCUCAGAAGAAGAAGCAUCUGCUAAUGGAGAAACCCCUGGCUUUGAACGUGGCACAGUUUGAUGAGAUUUUAAAGGCUUGUGAAGAAAAUGGGGUUCAGAUUAUGGAUGGGACCAUGUGGGUGCAUCAUCCCAGGACCUAUAAAAUGAAGGAGUUUUUAAACGAUAAGGAGCGGUUUGGUCUGCUUAAAUCGGUAAAUAGCUGCUUCACAUUUUUUGCUGAUCCAGAUUUUCUCAAGAAUGACAUUCGUGUGAAGCCGGAUCUUGAUGCACUUGGUGCUCUUGGCGAUGCUGGGUGGUAUGGCAUCAGGUCAGUCCUUUGGGCAGCUGAUUAUGAGCUGCCCAAGACUGUUACAGCCAUGCAAGGUCCUGUUCUCAAUGAAGCAGGGGUAAUUCUAGCUUGUGGGGCUUCACUAUACUGGGAAGAUGGCAAAGUUGCAACCUUCCAUUGCUCUUUCUUAUCAAAUUUGACAAUGAAUCUCACCGCUAUAGGAACAUUUGGAACUUUGCAUCUCACAGAUUUCAUCAUUCCUUACCAAGAGCAUGAGGCCUCUUAUACUACAUCCUCAAAGCCUCAAUUUAAUGAACUUGUAACAGGAUGGGUGCCAAUUCCAAGUGAACACACUGUCACCGUAAAUUUACCUCAGGAAGCCUGCAUGGUCAGAGAGUUUGCUAGCUUGGUUGAAAAUAUUAAAAAGAAUGGUGCGCAGCCAGAUAAAAAGUGGCCGACAAUCAGCAGGAAGACACAGUUGGUUCUUGAUGCAGUGAAGGCAUCCAUUGAGAAAGGUUUUGAAGCUGUUGAAAUUGUGAGUUAAUGUGGUGGUUGCUUGGGCUACCAAUUAUUUAUGAAUGUUAGAAUGAUCCGUUUCUAAAUGGCCUCUCACAUCACUUAAACAUGUAUUGUGAGACAGUGCCUGUGGUGCAGUACUUUCUAGCAUCAAUAUGAACAUCUAGUUGGUUACUUUAAACUACCUAUUUCAGUUGAAUAAGAACUUAGAUGACAAACUUUAGUGGUGAAAGUCCCAGACCUGCCAUGGUGCUCUGGUGGAUCGAAGUUAAUUCUAGAAUGUUUUGGGAAUGCACUCAUCAAUGUACUUUGGAUUAUCAGUUGGUUGCCAUCAUUUCUGAACAUGUCUGCUACUAUUAUCAUCUAUGUUUAUAUUCGAAAUAGGCAUA